AUGCUGCUGCUGCUGCUGCUAUUCUUGGCCUCAAGCGUCAAACGGGUAACCCUUCCACGCCCUCGAGAACGAACCGGGUGUCUAGCCCUACCUAGUCGGUUGGAAACGAAAGGCAAAAAACCAGAGAGGGAGUUUUCUUUGACCGACAGGAAGAAAACAGCAUCAUCCCCUCUUGGUAAUUCAACAUCAAGGGGGGAGGGGUUUCUCUCGCAGGGGAGGGGGGAUCGAGCGCGGGAGAGCGGCGAAGGAUGGGCGAGCGAGCAUUCGACGGUGCAUUCGAAAGAGAAAGGAGGAGGACAGUAUCCCGGGUGA